AUGUCGUUGCCAGGAAAAACAAUAUUCCACAAGCUAUGGUACUUCCUGAGGACGUACAUCCUAAGACUGAAGGUGUUCGACCUGUUCCUGCAGGGAGCCUACCUCAUCAUCAUCCUGCUGGAGACUAACACCUACCUGCUGCUCAAGAGAGAUGCCAAGGAAGGUCAUCACUCGAUGCUUAUUCAAGAUUACGUGAUGAUGGCGGUGGCUGGGGUGGAGUUUCUCCUGGGUGCUGCAGUGGCCUGGUGGGGAAAAGGCAAGAGGCACUUCGCAUUCUCCGGCUGGCUAGCUGUAUGCUCCGCAGCAGGACUCCUCGUGCUCGCUUUCCCGUUCGCAAGGUCAAAUCCUGCUGGCAUGGAGUUAUGUGACCUCCACGAGACACACGGAGCAGUCAGUAACUACGAUAGCAAUCUAAUAGCUAGAACAACAAUCCUGAUCAUCACAGUGAUACUCUGUGGACUGGCCAGAGUCAGCGUCUGGUCACAUGGCAUUACGUACUUAGAUGACCAUGAUCCUACGAAUGGAUCGUACUUUUACGGUAACCUGAUCUCUAUUCGCCUAAGUUUGGGCAUGAACGCAGGCUCCUGGCUGGAGCCGACCUCUGAGAGGGACAACUGGUGGGAGGCUCACCUCUCCAUCUGCAUGCUGACCUUCAUGUUCUCGUUCCUCUUCAGCCUGUUCCCCAAGAGAAUGGUAUCUUCCAAAGAGAUGGAUGAACUGGAAGACUCGUAUGUUGAUACCGGAUUGCUGCCGACUCUUCGACGACUGCUUCACAAUAAGGCGCUGAUGAUGCAAAUUGUAGCGCUCUCCUGUUUAAGCACCGCAGUUCUAGUGUUCGUACACUAUGACGAUGCAUAUGUGCAGGCAAAGUUUCACGUGGACACAAAGGACCCAAGGACUUCAGGAGGGCUCUCGAGUAUCUUCCGGACGCUGUUCAUCAUUAUUUUUGUUAUGAUAUUCAAGAUCCGUUUCUCAGCGCGAAGACCAGAUGGAGUAAAAGCGAACACGGCCUCAAGAGUAGCAGCGGUGGUCGCCAUAUUUGUGACUGCAUUCUACAUAGUGCUGACUGUGCUCAGCUGUAACACUGACACCAUCAGUGGACUCCGGACUGGAAGCUACUACCAGCCGACCUGCAGCCAAUCUUGCGGGUGCAGCACAGAGCGGUACGGCUUCAGCCCAGUGUGUUUGCUGGACACCAAGCGGACUUACUUCUCUCCGUGUCACGCCGGCUGUACGCAUUCAGAAGAUCUCAACGGCGUUUUAUUGUUUAACAAUUGCGAGUGCAGUCUGGGCACGAUGCGCGCUGCACGCGGCGCGUGCUCACUGACGUCGUGCAUGCUGCCCUACAACGCGUACCAGAUCGUAUUCACCGUCAUGUUGGCAGUAGCUGCGGCCUGUUUCCUGAUGCAAGGUAUGGCGGUGCUGAGAGCUGUCCGGCCGAUAGACAAGGCCACCGCCGUGGGUACCAGCAUGGCGAUAGUGGCACUACUAUCCUUUAUACUCGGACAUUUAAUCUACUUGUUUAUUAGUCACAUGACAUGUGUGUACUCAUCAAACGGCGGGUGUCUGCUGCACGCGUCCACAAUAUGGAUCGCGGGCGGCGCCAGCACACUACUGACUGCGCUGUCAGCUGCCGGCUGCUUCAUCUCCAGCAAAAUGCAACCUGAUAUGGAUGAGCCAACCACUGAAUUAUGA